UCUAUGGUUCCGCCAGUCCCCGGAAGCGGCAGCGGGGCGAUGGCAGCGGAGAGGUCGGCGGCGGCGGAGCUGCAGCCAGAGGGGCAGGGCGGUGGCGAGCUGGCGGGCGGCUUCAGGCAGCUGUUGGAAGAGGAGGAGGAAGAGGGGGCGGAGGACGCCGGCUACGUGCUUUACAGAGACAGAAAAGAAUGGGCAGAUAUUGAACCUGUGCCUCAAAAUGAUGGGCCAAAUCCUGUUGUUCAGAUCAUCUACAGUGAAAAAUUUCAAGAUGUCUAUGAUUACUUCCGGGCUGUUCUGCAGCGGGAUGAGAGAAGUGAAAGAGCUUUCAAGCUAACAGCAGAUGCCAUUGAGUUAAAUGCUGCAAACUACACGGUGUGGAAUUUCCGGAGGGUCCUCCUGCAGUCUUUGGGAAAGGAUCUCCGUGAAGAGCUUAAGUAUAUUACAGCUAUCAUUGAAGAUCAGCCAAAGAACUACCAAGUCUGGCAUCACAGACGCGUGUUAGUGGAGUGGCUACAGGAUCCAUCCCAAGAGCUUGAGUUCAUAGCUGACAUUCUUAACCAAGACGCUAAAAAUUACCAUGCAUGGCAACACAGACAAUGGGUUAUUCAGGAGUUCAAAUUAUGGGACAAUGAACUGGAAUACGUAGACCAGCUUUUGAGGGAAGAUGUGAGAAACAACUCUGUUUGGAACCAACGACACUUCGUAAUUUUCAACACCACUGGCUAUGCUGAUCCAGCAGUCCUAGACAGAGAAGUCCAAUACACUCUUCAGAUGAUCAUAGCAGUGCCACAUAAUGAGAGCGCUUGGAACUAUUUAAAAGGGAUUCUACAGGAUCAUGGUCUUUCUAAGUAUCCAAAUCUGUUAGAGCAAUUGUUGGCUUUACAACCCAGCCACAGUUCACCCUAUCUGAUUGCCUUUCUUGUGGACAUAUAUGAAGAUAUGCUUGAAAACCAGUGUGAUAACAAGGAAGAAACACUAAACAAGGCAUUGGAGUUGUGUGAAAUUCUGGCUAAAGAAAAAGACACCAUCCGAAAGGAAUACUGGGCAUAUAUUGGAAGGUCGCUUAAGAACAAGCACAGCUCAGGCACUUAAAGCAGACUGACAGAGAAGCAGCAGUAACGGAACACGGAAGAAAACAGCGUUAAGCUCUCAAGCUGUUCUAAAGCAGUACUAAAUAGGGUCAUCAACUAGUUUUAAAUCCAGAGUAGUAUUCACCUGGUGAAGAGGUAUUGCAAUGAAAGAGGAACAUGGAAUGCUGUGGAGUCUCGGGUCACUGCUGCUACUGGUGAUAGCUCUAGGUGCAGACAAGAAAUGUAUUAGGGCUUAGUUAUUGAAAUGUACCAAAUAAAAGGUUUAUUUCCUAAUAACAAAUACAUAAAGCUAUACCUACUAUUUAUAAGGCACUAAACCAAUUUCUCAUGUUCUGGCUUAUCCACUUGUGUUCCCUAACACGGUUACAUCAGGUGGUAAUGACUGCAGGUACCUUAGCUGUAGUGGAUCUAAAGUAAUUUACUUCUGGUUAGUGCAAGCAAGCACUGCAGUUGUUGCCUUACGUGAGAGCAACUACACAACACUGAUAGCACAUGCUGUUGCAUGCAACUAACACCAAGUGUCACUUUUUAAUAAAAACAGAUAACUUAAAGCAUUUGUCUGAAAUUUUUUAGUGUGUUUCCUUUGGUCUUUAGAUGGACAUUAGCCUGUUCUUCUCAGAUGCUGAUAUAGAUUUAAAAAUCCUUUUUAGGAAUAUUGUAUUCUAUUGCAUUGCGAUUUCUUUUGCACUAGAGUAUUCUCAUCCCAGAAGCUUUCAAUAUACUUUGCAUAUUCAGUGGAGCCUUGAAUUGUCUGCACAGUCAGGAAAAAUUAUUUGAGGACCCUAGAAGAUCUGCUCAGGUUUUUUUUGGACUUCUGUUCAGACAGCUGAAAAUCUGAUUUUUUUUUUUUCUUCACCCUUUGUAACCAGACCAAACUGAGGUCAUAGAUCAGAAGAUAUUGUAACUACCUAGUUACAUUAUGUAUCUUCACUAAAUUAGAAGUGAAGAAAUGGUUUUCUUUGGGACCUAUUUGCAUUAAAUGUCUUAACCUUGUUGCUUCUGUAGGCUUUUCGUAUCUUUUCCAUGCACACAUUCAGCCAAUAAGUAUUUUUCCUCCCCUUCAUGAGAAAUAGAAGGCACCUGCAGUACAGAACUUCAAAGGAGGUGUAUACCUGUACAAGAAAGUUGCUGCAUCUACCCUGUUUUAGUAAAUGGCUCUUGUAAACUGUCCUGAGUGUAGAGUGCUUGUCUGAUAUGAAAUAUUUUUCUUGGAGAUGAUCAUAAAGGGAACAAAUAAAUACUAGUAUUUAUUCCAUAAUAGGAACAGUCUUUCUGAUGCUAAACAGUAAACGUUGCUGCCGUGAUUAAACCAUAGUGGAGAUUCUUUUCAAUGCUUGAAAUAUGUUAAUUCAAUGCAUUCUUUAAAACAACUCACAGGGAGUGGAAUUAAUAUAUGAAAGCCAUGUUAUUUUUUUAAUGCUUUUGCCACUUUCCAAGCAGUAGAGAAAACAUUUUUAUAGUGACACAUGAACACUUAAAAUGGACAUAAACUUCAGACUUGGAGAUUUGUUACAUGCUUUUUUUUUUUCUUUUUUUAUUACAGCUGAAACUUCAGCAUAGAACAAAAAGUGGGGUUUUUAAUCCCAUGAAUUGUUCCUAAUUGAAACUAUUGCAAACAAAUGUAGUCCUUAAAAUAAGCAUAAUUAAUGAAGAGUGGACAGGAUUUUGCCUGUGCAUGUUGUCACUAGGUUCCCAUAUCUUUCAUAAACACGAUUCAGAAGGCACUUGGAAUAAGCCAGAGUAUUCUUAAUACAUGCUGGCACAAAUUUCUGAGAAAAUAAUUCAUCCCAAAGUAAAAUGAUGAACAGUGUCCACUGGGACAGUGUAUUUUGGGAUAUGACCUCUUAGUGACUUGUGGUCUGAGGAAAGAUCUUGGAUUUAGCCCUAUUGGGCUAUGUCAAGAAUGGUGGAGUCCUCUGGCAAGGCGUUUAGACUAUUUUCUUAUGGUGUGGUCAACUUACAGCCUUUUCAUUCUUGAAAAUGAUGUCUAGAAGUAAUCGGUAAAAAGUAAUUACUGACAAGGUUAGUAGGGUUUUAUACUGGUUAUACAAGUAUAGUGACACUUGCAAAGAUAAUGCCGCUUCCAAGAUGUUUACCAGAUAUGUACUCCAUCAGAAAAAUGUCUCAUGUAAAACAAAUGUGUGACCAAACAAAUUAUGCAAAUCCUGGGGAAAAAAUGUGAUAGAGACUGGAGUCCAGUUAACAAAAUUAAAAUAAGUCAUCAUGUUUUAACAGA